AUGGCGCCCAGUGACCUAUACUCGCCAUUCGACCGCAAAGGGUUAAAAAUGCGUACCCCGACCAAUAAAGAUGAGCCAGGAAGGGCUAAGACGUUCGUAUGUAACCGCUGCGGCCGUCAAUACGUGUACCAGACGUCCUUAAGGAAACACCAGCGUCAGGAGUGUGGAGUAGAGCCGAUGUUUAGAUGUGUUGUGGAGAGUGAAGCAAAGGGGAUAUCUCAAGCUUGUAAGACUUGCGGUAAAGUUUACAAGCGAGCUGGCUGUUUGAAGUCCCACCAGGACGAUUGUGUCGUCGUCUACUGCCAGAAGUGUUUGGUUCGAUUCACGAGCCUGAAGGAAGUCAGGACUCACGAGGUGGUCUGCAAAGGUUCAACAGAACCGAUUCACGUUUGCUACGUCUGCCACAUGAAGUUCAAAUCGAUGAAGCAUCUUAAAAGACACGUGUCCAUAGAAUGUGGAAAACCUGACAUCUCUUGUUCAUUCUGCAAGUUCAAAACCAAGCUGCAGCACAAAUAUAUGAAACAUAUGUGGAAGAAGCAUCCUAAGGGCUUUGAAGGAUUACCAGACAAAGACGAAAGGGAAAACGUUCCCAUCCAAGUUCAUCCCCCUUCUAGAGAUGUGGAUAAAAAGAGGCGUUCUCCGCUUUUCGCCGGUGAAGGCUUUCCGUGUGACAAGUGUCCGAAAGUUUAUAAACACAAGAGAUCACUCUGGCUGCAUAAGAGGUACGAGUGUGGAAUCGAAGCUCAAUUCUCCUGCCAACAUUGCGACUACACGGCGAAACAAAAGACAAAUUUUCCAAUAGAGUUCCCGCGGGAAGAACCACCGCCGACGCCGCAGUCUGAACGCUCCUUCUAUCUGGAGAAGAAGCAGCGGAAGCCACGGACAGCCUUUACCAAACUUCAGAUCAUGGAACUGGAGAGGAGGUUUGAGAGGGAUCAUUAUUUAACACCAGGGGAUCGGGCUAGUCUGGCAGCCAGCUUAGGACUGGACACGACGCAGGUGCUUCUGUGGUUCCAGAACAGAAGAGCCAAACUGAAGAGGGACUUGGAGGAGAUGAAGGCCAAAGGGAAGACUGCGGAGGGAGCGAGAUGGAAAUAGACAGUUUCAUUUGGGGUUUUAUUGUUCAUUCUAUUCAUUUGAAAAGG